AUUGUGGGUUGCCUAUAGAUGUCGCUAAGUGAAAAAAAAUCGACGGAUGAGUGACGUUGAAGGUUAUGUUUUGUUUAGCUUGGGCUCCCAGGAAUGAUUGCCAGUUUGUGUGAAAAUAAUUCAAUUUUAAUAAUUUUUCCCCUAAUCUCGAUAUUCAAAAAUGGAUAUUAAAAAAGAAAAAGGAGUCAGCAAUGAAGAGGACGAAGGAGUGGAAAUCAUCCGCUUGGACCUAGAAACCGACGCAAGGGAGGAAGAUCCUAAAUCACUAAAAGGCGAAACUCCAAAGACUGCUAAAGACCUUUUUUCGGAUUUCAAACCCGACUCUGGAAGCGAACAGGAGAAUGAAAAUGAAGAAGAAUCGGAUGGCGAUGAUGAUGACGAUGAACCUUUGGCUAAAAGGAUUAAAAAGGAGAAUCCAAAAAUUGUCACUAGAAAGAUGAAAAAGGAGAAUGAUGGAGCCAGCCGGACGCCGAAUAAUAAAAAAGUGUAUCUCCAAAAAUAUAAAAAAGAAUGGGAAGAAAUACCAUCAGUAAAGCCGUGGUUAUCAGAAAGCGUCCACGGAGAAACUUACUUCUACUGCAAGUUUUGCAAAAAAGAUUACAAAUGUGGAAAAUCGGAGGUGUUCAAGCACAUGUCCUCGAUGAAACAUAAAAAAAACACUACUCAGCCACCAUCUGAGAAAAUUAUCAAGAAGCAAAUGAUGAAAUUUAGAGGCUUACUGUGUCCAGUAGUAACACCAUUUGUUAAAUCACGAACCAAAGAUGUUUGUUAUGAUUUAAUUCAACCUUAUGUUAAAUUUUUAAAAGCCUGCGGGGUAAAGGGCAUUUUGGUAAACGAUGUUGUUGGCGAAGGCAUGUCCUUGACGAUCAGCGAACGAAAAAGAGUUUUAGAAUAUUGGUGCACACUUUGCAAAGAAUACGGAAUUUUCGUUAUGGUACAAAUUGGAGGGGCACCGUUGAGAAGUGUGGUCGAAUUAGCUUUGCAUGCAGAAAAGUCUGGCGUAGGAGCCAUUGUGAUUCUACCAGAUCUUUACCAAAGGCCACAAGAUCACUUGGAUCUUAUUAGAUAUAUAAAAACUGUUUCGAUUAAUACUGGGUCUUUGCCAAUAUUGUAUCAUCAUUAUCCAAAGUACACCAAAUUGGAAGUGGACAUGAAAAGAUUUUUGCUAGACAUCACUGGGGAAGUAGACACAUUUGUUGGACUGAUAUGCACCACGGGGGAUUUGCAAGAGACUGUAUCUGUGAUGGAGUUAAAUCCGGAAAAGUUUGUUGUGUUCAUGGGAACUGAUGAGGGAAUGCUGGGUGCUGUAGCAAGUGGAUUCACCUGUAUAAUGGGCAACAGUUUAAAUAUCCUGCCCAAACUUGCCGAAUCAAUAUGUUCGUGUAUGAAAAAUUGCGAAAUUAAGAGCGCGCAAGCUUCGCAAACGUUGUUAACCAGAGCGGUUACAAAUAUUCAUAGUCACGGAGAGAUGGUUCCUACCCUCAAAGCCGCCAUGAGUAUAAUUACGAAACUUCCUAUGGAUACUGUAAGGGAACCUCUUCAGACUCUCUGGGAAGGUACUGUGUUAAAAAUGAAGGAAAAGCUACGGGAAAUCGGAAUUAUAUAAGAAAAUUAUAUAUUUCAAACAUACAUACCUAUAUCAAUGUUUAUUGAUCCAAAUUUGUACAUAAAUAUUUUUAAUCGAAUGGAUACUACUUUAUUUAAGUACAUAAUAGCCCUCGUGGAUUGAACAACCAAACUUCAGAAGAUAAAAUGUGUUUUGAAUCUUUUUUUAGAAUUAUUUUUUUCUAAGAGUGUAAAGUGAAACUGUAUGCAUCUAAUAGUAAUAUACAACUUUUG